CAAGUCGAAAAAGCUAGGAACCCCCGCGCCGUCGUCGGCUAUAAGGCCGGCCGGGAGCGCUUCGUCUUCCUCCUGCCUCCGAUCGCGUCGCCUGCUCUGCUCCUGUCAUAGGCUAAACCUCCCCUGUCUCGUCGCCUUCUGCCUAGUCCAGAGACAGAGACACGGCCGUCGGCCGCCAUGGCGGAGCCUGGCAAAGAAACUAUCGCGCCGCCUCUGUCACCGCUUACAAGCGGGCCGGCGCCGCCUGUCGUGAUGGAGCCAGGCGGAGAAACUCAAACUACCACACCACCACCACCUCCGCAAGAAGCCGAGCCCAUCGACGGAGGCGUUGCUUCGGCGUUCGACGCCGGACUGCCCACGGCCGAGCCGGCUCGCCAGGCGCUGCCGCAAGAGAAACCUGACGCUGACGCGGCUGCGGCUGGCCAGCCGCAGCAAUUGACGACGGAGGAAGGCAGGCAGCCGCCACCUACGCCAACCGAUAAGGCGGAGGAAGUGGUGGCCACAUUGCCUCCGCCGUCUGAGACGCCGUCGCAGGAAACGGCGGCGGCGGCGGCGGUUGAAGCCGAGAAGCAACUGCCUGCAACUCCUGCACCUGCUCCGCCGCAGCAACAGCGGCCAGAAGGCGGCGCGGCGGAAGAAGCCUCCUCGGUUCGGCAGGAGGAGAAGGACGCAGCACCACCUGUAAAGAAGCAGGAGGGAGAAGAGAAGCUGGGGGAGGAAGCCAAACGCGCGGAACCUGCAAGGGUGGUGCGGGAGGGACGUCGUCGGUGGCGGCAUCUCCAGGCCGCCGUGCGCUUGGUCUUCCUCCGCUGUAGCCGGAGGGCUCCGCGCGGCGAGCAGAGCGCUCCACCACAGUCCCCACUUCUGGGAAACAAAGGAGGCGACACGAAGCCGCCGGCGCCGGCCGGCGAGCUGCCGAUGUCAAGGCUAGAGGAAAAGAAGCCGGCGCUGGCGGACGAAGGCGAUAUGAAGCCGCCGGCGCCGGUGGACGGCAAGCAGCCGGCGUCAGGGCAGGAGGGGCAAGUGACCUCAUCGCCUCCGCCAGCCGAGGCAUCGUCACUGGAGAUGGCGGCGCCGGCGGCUGAGGCCGGCAAACCACUCGCUGCACGACCACAACAGCAGCCGCCGCAGGAGCAAGAAGGCGGCGGCGCUCCCGAACAAGCCUCCUCUGUCCAAGAGGAGGAGAAGGACGCGGCACCGGCGGCGAGGGUGCAGGAGGCACGAGAGGAGCCGGCGCGUCGUCGGUGGAGAUGGCUCCGGGCCGCCGUGAACCUGCUCUUCCUCCGUCCUCAGCGCAAGGACACAGACGGCGAGGCGAAGCCGCCGGCGCCCAGCGGCAAGCACGCCGUGUCAGGGCUGGAGGAUAAGAAGCAGACGACGCCGGCGGAAAUGCCAGCGGCGGCGGACGGAAAGCAAGCGCCGCCGUCUGGUCAGGAUCAGGAGGAGGAGAAGCCGAAGCCGCCCCAUCCCAAGUGGCGAGAGGAAGAACGGCUGGAGCAGAUCCUCGAGGGUGCUUUCACGAGGCUUCUUGCGUCGGAGUACCACCAGCUCAGCAGCAUCAGGCAGAAAUGCCUCCUCACCUUCUCCGUCUUCGAGCUCGCGUCCGAGGUGAAGAAGCAGGUCAUGGUCUACUGGUGGGCCUCGCAGUUCAACCUGCAGCACCGGAGUGAUGAUCGAUCAGCUGCAGACGUAGCGCCGCCGGCGGAGAUGAGAAGAAGCAAGACCCUGCGUCGGCGGCCGCGUAAAGCUGCAGCUCCUGCUGCCGGCGGAAACCACUCACCGACGUCGUCGCCGCCGCAGGGUGAAGCCAAAGAUGGUGGUCGUAAUCCUGACGCGGCAGCGGAGGGCGUCUUCUCCGAGCUCUCCAGUCAUGGCUUCCUCGAGCCGAUGAAGAACUGGUGCACCAAGGGGAUCCAUGGCUGCAGGGUGAACCCCCUGGUGCACUGGAUGCUGAAGCGCCGGGCGAGAGAUGAUGGAUUCGCCGACUUGGACGCGAACGGCAGCCCGGCGGAAAGGCAACCCAAUUCCAGCAUCCUUUGCCUGACAGCAGGCAACCGUUACUUGCUACAGAGGAUGCGCAUGGAAGAUGAGUCGCAGCAGGUCGAGAACAAAGAGCAACCCAAGACAAGAACAACCACCUCCUUGCACAGCCCAACCCAAGAUAAUAAGGCUCCAGCCCAGGACCUAAAAAACUUUAAAGGGAAGCAAGUAAUCCUCAAUCUGAAUGCACAUGUGUACCCAGUCUCGAAGUCAAUGUUCUUGCACCUUGCAGACUACUUGGUUGUGCUGCAACUCGGCCGGUGGCGUAAUCUUGAUGACAACACAUACAUGGAGGUGGACGGCCUUGAGUCAUUGAGUACUAUUAGCUUACUCAAGAACCUCCGGUACCUUAGUCUACGUGGGUUGUCACGGCUAACGGAGCUCCCUGAAGGGAUCCGAUGGCUUAAGAAACUUGCAAUCCUAGACAUGCGUGGUUGCCAAAACCUAGUCAAUGUGUCAGCAAAGAUCACCAGACCUUUGAAGCAGCUUACCCAUUUGGACCUCACUGAGUGCUACAUGUUGGAACAUAUUGAACGAGGAAUCACCUCGCUCUCAGAGUUGCAGGUGUUUAAGGGCUUUGUGUUUGCAACUGGAACACAAGGGAGUAAGGCAUGCCAGUUGCAGGACCUCAGGAGGUUGAAGAAGCUCCAAAAGCUCACCAUUAGCAUCACCACUGAUGCUAACAUAGGGAAGAAUGAGAUGGCAGAGCUUAAGCAUCUGUUUAGCCUUCGUAAACUCACAAUCAUAUGGAGUGAGAUACCAAGCAUAUUACAUGGUGACUCAGAUGCGGUGAAAAAGAGGCGAAACGAUCUUGUUGAGAAAUGGACUAGCUUUGAGCUACCACAAGAGCUUUUGAAGCUGGAUCUUCGAUGCUACCCCAAGAAUGAGCUAAAACUCAAAGAGCAUAAGAAUCUCAAGAAGCUCUAUUUAAGAGGUGGAGAUUUAAAGAGAUUUUCCAUUGAUGGAAAAACAAACUCCAUCAAGACAUUGCGUGUGAGAUACUUAAAAGACUUUAAUAUGGAAUGGGAAGAAAUUCAUUCAUUAUUGAAGGAUAUUGAAAAUGUGGAAAUUGUGCUUAAGGAUGAAAAGCUUAUGAAGGAUGCGGAUAAGGAUCAAAUGGAUAAGAAUGACGUGAAUGGUCAAAAGGAUAUAGAGGAAGAGAGUAACCUUGUGAAGCCAAAAAAGAUAUCAUACUCUUGUUUGGAUGAGAAUGGGGUAUGGGUGAAGGAUAAUAAGGAAGAGGAGAACCGAAGUUCGAUGGCACAAGCUACCAAGGAAAAAGAAGCUCAUGGUACCAUGGAAAAGAGCAAAGUUUCAGGACCUAUUGAAGAUCCUAGCACUAAAGCUGCAUCAAGCACCGUCGAAGAUGUUAAUAAGGAUGACAAUAACAAUGCUAUAAAAGAACAAUAAGAAAGCAAAGAAGAACAGAUAACAACCCAUGAGGUGACACACAACAGUUGAAGACAAAACCAACUCCCAUAGGGUAGAGGGUGUUGUCAUCUUUUUUAUAAUGAUAAUAGAGACAUCAAAGGACGGGAAGGUGGUGUCAAAUGCCCCACGAUAGCAAAUUGCUGAUCACAUAUACUAGGCAAAUUACAUAUCCAUAACACCGGAGUCUACACAAUAUAAGCAGCUGCCAGCUAGCCGUUGUGAAAUUCAAAAAAUAAGCUACCCCUCCAAGUUAUAUGUGUUUGGGGUGAGUCUAGUUGACCAAUUUUUCAUUGUCUCUAGCCUGUAAUAGUGUAAUCUGAGAUUCUUUUGUUUUGAAUUUGCUCUCUAUAAGUAUUCAAAGCC